AUGGCCCCAGCUGUCCGAGCAGAGGUUGUCCUAGUAUCUCUGAAAAACUGCUUGAUCAACUUGCCGCCAGGUUUGAUUGCGUUAAUCAGCAACACGAAUACUCCGGCGCAAAAUGUGGUGGUCGAACUCCAGUACAAGUCACAGACUUUGUCCUCAGGGGCAGUAUCUAGCAACAACAGUACAGGAUUCCAGAGAUCUGCCUAUGUCGGGUGGACAGGAAUGCCUAGUCGGACACGACCAGCCUCAGUCCUCAACACUGAUCGAGCACGUCCGGGCCGUGAGCAAGAAACCCAAACGGUCGAAAUAGACGCUACUUUUGCCAAAGUUUUGGGCCUUUCCGAGGCACAGAAAAUUGGCAUACUUAUUCACCUAGACCCUCCGAUUGCCCAUAGUGUCAAUAUUGAGCCUCUCACGCCCGCAGAUUGGGAGGCCAUCGAGCUGCAUGCCACUUUCCUGGAGCUGAAUCUGCUAUCCCAAAUUCGAGCUUUGCCUAACCCGGCCUUCAGUAUCAAAGGGGCUGUACAGUCUGAACAUACGCAUCCACUCACUUUGCAUUUAUCGCCGACCUCGACUGCAAACAUUAUAGUCACAUCACUAUCGCCGCCGAUUCCCAGUACAUCGCCAUUUGCAAAGAUCGCUCCAGACGCUGAAGUCAUUGUUGCUCCCAAGACUCGACCUAAGUCCAAUCGAAGCACAAGAGGUGUUGAUUCAAGAAGCGUUGCGAGCCGAAGAAGUGGUAAGAGUGGUGUCAGCACCGCUCGCACUACCGGUUCUAGGAGGACUCUUGCUAGGCCUACCUUAUUUAUGCGAGCAAUCGACCGAGGUUGUGCGGACAUUUACUUUGACGACACUUCAAAUAAAACUCCAAUUGACAAGCUCUGCGUCUGGAUUAGUCAGGACGUUCUCAAUUCAGGAGCUCUCAAAGCGGCAACCUGGGCGAAUGUUACCAUCAUUAAACCUGCUGGCCUACGUGCGCAGCUUGACUCAACCCAGGUAAACAAGUUGAAAGAGGAGGAAAGCAGCGAAGUGGGACGACCAGCGGCAAAGAUUGUUGCCCAGGUUCUGCCGUGGCUGGCUCCUGUUGACGAUCAACAUGUGGUGUUGUCAACGCCACUAUGCAAAAUGCUCGGGGCAGAUGGCCUUGUUGGUGCAAUAGUCCGUAUCGAAGCUGCUGGGCCACCUCUUCCUCGCUUUUCCAUCUCAAAAUUUCAGUUUUAUCCCUUUGUAUCGUCACUCUCGAAGAAGAAAGAAGGGCUAAAAUUCGGCGGUGAUACCCGACUAACAAAGCAAGCAGUGGCUGAAAAGCUUCGGCUUACUUUCAACGGUGGUGAGGGUCUUCUAACAGGUCCUAUCACUGAUGGCAUGCUCCUCCCGACGACCGGACACCCGUCUUCUGCUUUUCAUUUUGACGGUGGCAUUUUGAGAUUUCGUGUACCGUCCAAUCUCGCAGAAGAUCAUGGAUCGGACUAUUUAUGGGUGCUCGGUCAGGAACAGGAAUUGGAAUUUGAUGUCAAAGACGAAAUCCCUCGGCCAAUGGAACUGACUACCUUGUUUCCAAGCUUUGCGCACGGCAUACCUGCGGAAAUCCCGAAUCUCGUUGGUGUCGAUGAGGUUAUGAAACAGUGUAUGUCCAAUCUAACACUGUGCUCUUCGGUACUUUUGACGGGUGGAGUUGGGUCUGGUAAAACUUCUCUUGCUCAGUAUAUCGGCCAGAGACUGCGUGAGGAUUAUGUUUUCAACGUGACAUACUUUGCAUGCCAAAAGCUUGUUACAGAUGAAACCCGAGUGUCCACCAUCAAGGAGACCCUGACUAGACUUUUCAUGUCUGCUUCAUGGUGCGCCAGACUGGGCGGCCAAUCUGUGGUCAUUCUCGACGACUUGGAUAAAAUUUGCCCGGUUGAGACGGAGCUGCAAGUCGGUAACGACAAUGGUCGAAGUCGUCAAAUCACCGAAAUCUUAUGCGCCGUGGUUCGCCAGUAUUGCAGCAUCCAUUCUGGUGUUACUCUGUUGACGACCGCUCAAUCCAAGGAGUCCCUUCAUAACAUUAUCAUUGGUGGUCAUAUCGUUGGCGAUAUUAUCUCGAUCAAAUCGCCUACGAAAGAGAUUCGCCGCGAUAUUCUAUACUCUCUGAUCGGUGACGCACAUCCUUCCAAGAGCGGUCACGCGCGAAACCAGAGCGACACCAGCAUGUCCGAAAGCUCCUGGAUGGACCCGUCAGUAUCUUCAUCUAGACCCGGUUCAUCCUCGUCCUCGUCCCGGCCCGAUGGAUUCCAUGUCUCGCCCAGUCUCGAUCUCCUGGACAUUGCUGGCAAGACUGACGGCUAUAUGCCUGCAGAUCUGUCCCUCCUCGUAGCCCGAGCACGCAAUGAGACACUUACGCGCAUCAUAACGCAGAACGACAACUCUGACAGCCCGCCGAUUUUGACGAAGGAAGACUUUGACGCGGCUUUGCGAAACUUCACCCCAUCUUCCCUUCGAAAUGUUACUCUAACGCACUCGAGCACAACGUUCUCGUCCAUUGGUGGUCUGCAUGCCACCCGCAACACCCUACUCGAGACACUCCUCUACCCGACAAAAUACGCUCCUAUAUUCGCCAAUUCGCCCCUCCGUCUACGUUCUGGUCUCCUCCUCUACGGCUACCCAGGCUGCGGUAAGACGCUCCUCGCCUCGGCCGUCGCAGGCGAGUGCAAUCUGAAUUUCAUCUCCGUCAAAGGGCCCGAGAUCCUGAAUAAAUACAUUGGUGCCUCUGAAAAGUCGGUGCGCGAUUUAUUCGAGCGCGCGCAAGCCGCGAAACCAUGCGUGCUCUUCUUCGACGAGUUCGACAGUAUCGCUCCCAAGCGAGGCCACGACAGUACCGGCGUCACAGACCGCGUCGUGAACCAGAUGCUAACUCAAAUGGACGGAGCCGAGGGCCUGGACGGCGUCUACGUCCUCGCAGCCACCUCGCGACCGGACCUUAUUGAUCCCGCGCUUCUACGUCCCGGCCGACUCGACAAGUCCCUCCUAUGCGACAUGCCCGACAUGAACGAUCGUCUCGACAUCCUCCGUGCCGUGAGCACGAAGUUACAUCUCACUCCUGAAGUGGAGAACCGGCUACUCAGCGUCGCGCAGCGAACCGAAGGCUUCAGCGGCGCCGAUCUACAGGCGCUGAUGUACAAUGCCCACCUUGAGGCGAUUCACGACUUGCUGGGCGACACGAAGAACGCCGACAAGGACAAGGACAAGGGCAAAGGUCUAGCGAACGGCGUGAAGGAAGGCGGCAGCGCACGGCGCAGGAAACGUCAUGGCGCCGACAAGCACGACUUCAUCCAGUUCCUGUUCGACCCCGAGGAAGACGCGCGUGCGAGGAAAGCCCUCACCUCUUCGGCCAUGGACUCCAAGGCAGCGAUUGCCGCCAAGCUGGACGAGCUCAAGCUGGCGAGGAAGCGAGAAAAGGUAGCUUUGAGGAACAGUUACGCGCGAAGCACGUCGGCAGCAUCCGCCCACCACGACAACGCGGACACCGGUGGUGAAGCCAAGGACGACGAAAAUGCCAAGGACGAAGUCGUGAUCGAGUGGAAGCACAUGGAGAAGUCUCUGUCUACGACGAGAUGUUCGAUAUCGCCCGAGGAACAAAGGCGACUGGCUGCCAUUUACCGCGAAUUCGUGGUGGGCAGGAAUGGAGAGAUGCCGAACGGCCAGGGUGGGAAUGAAAUCGGCGGACGCACAAGUUUGAUGUAG